AUGUUGGAAGUGAUCACACAUCUGACAAGGGCCGGUUAUGUCACAGAACAAAUGCAACCUGAGAGUUUGGUUAUUCAAGAAUAUCAAAAUAAAUGUAGAAUUCAAAAUCGUGAAACGUAUUCCAGUGAUGUUUGGCCUAUUAGUAAUGUUGCAGAUGUCAAAGAACAUCGUACCUUAGAAGGACGAUUAACAAUUGCGCGUGAAAUAGUUAGAGCUACCGAUUUGAAGAUUCUUGUGUUAUGGCAGGCCAAGGGAUAA